AAAUGGGCGGUAGCUGGUCGAUUUAAUAGGUACGAUAUUAUAUAAUGGUGUUCAUAUCAUAUUUGUUCUUUCUUCUUUAAUUUGGACCGGGGGGCGCAAGUUAGCAAGCAAUGGCGUUGAUCUCUCAUCAUUCUUCUACCUUCCUCCUCCCAAAUCUUCCCACCGACGACAACAACAACGGACCUUCUCUAACGUACGCACUUGUCAUCCUUAACCAACGCCUCCCUCGUUUCACUCCUCUGCUUUGGAAACACGCACAGGUUCAUAUUUGUGCUGAUGGUGGUGCAAAUAGGGUGUUUGAUGAAUUGCCUGGUUUCUUUCCUCAUGAGGAGCCUUCUGAUAUUCGUAAGAGGUACAAGCCAUAUGCUAUAAAAGGAGACAUGGAUUCAAUUAGAACUGAAGUUCUUGAAUAUUAUAGAGGCCUGGGGACCAAGAUAAUUGAUGAAUCUCAGGAUCAAGAUACUACAGACCUUCAUAAAUGUGUUGCAUAUAUUCAUGACUUACUAAACCCGGAACAUCCAAAUUUAUGUAUCCUAGUCACUGGAGCACUUGGUGGAAGGUUUGACCAUGAGAUGGGAAAUAUUAAUGUCAUAUGUCGUUUCCCGUCCAUGCGGAUCAUUCUUCUCUCUGAUGAUUGCCUUAUCCAACUUCUUCCGAGUACACAUCAUCACGAGAUUCAUAUACAGUCCUUAGUUGAGGGCCCACAUUGCGGACUCAUACCCAUUGGAAUGGGUGCCGGAAGCACCACUACUACGGGUCUCAAAUGGAAUCUGGAUAAAACAGAAAUGAGAUUUGGUGGUUUAGUCAGUACAUCAAAUAUUGUUAAUGAGGACAUAGUCACGGUGCAAUCUGAUUCUGACCUCCUAUGGACAAUUUCAAUCAAAAAAGAAUGAAAGAUGCAGCUUGCAGAUGUCAAAGAAGAGCUAUUCUACAGAAGUUUAAUGAAUAGUGGACAGUGACCUCCAUUUUCUGUUCAAUUCUUUCAGAUAAAGAUGUUUUACCAGAGUGAGAGAAAUGUUGGGGUGGUUCUUUACUUAUUCUUUUGCGAGGACAGUAUCUCUCCAGUCCGAUUGUGAGCUGGUACACAGCGGAUUUCUUUGGCAGCAAGUGCCUGUAUUGCAGUAGCGUCUUGGGGAAACAAACAACACGGGGUCUAAGAGUAGUAGUAGUCGUAGCAAAUAAAUUUAUAGCGUCUUGGGGAAACAAACAACACGGGGUCUAAGAGUAAUAGUAGUCGUAGCAAAUAAAUUUUGAUCGUCAACUGCUUAUGUGCUUGAUUCGUUAGACGCAUUUGGUAGCUGUUUCCUGUUGUUUUGUAUACAUUAUUCUUUUGCCAUAAUGAAAUAUGAAGAUGAUCUACUUAAUCUUCUUCUGCUUA